ACACACUGUUCCCCAGUCUACCAGUCCACAGCAAGACAGAAGGAGAAAAAACGUCCAGGACUGAAUCCUAAGAUAAAAGAAAUCAGCAUCUGAAAAGGGAAAUAUCCUACAAUGGGAGGACACACACAGCUGGGGCUGCUCAUAGUAGCGGCCUGGCUAUGUGUUUUAAACACAGAAGCUCAAACAAGUUACCCAAGUUGUCCGUGGAGCUGUACCUUUGACCAAAAUGAAUGCGGAUGGGAACAGAUAGUCCAGGACAGCUUUGACUGGACAAGGUGGUCUGGGCCCACACCCUCCAACUACACCGGCCCACCCAGUGACCACACUACUGGACGUGGCCAUUAUAUGUAUAUAGAAGCUGAUGGAGUCCACUAUGGUGACUCUGCCCGUAUUCUGAGUCCAGUGUGUGAUACUGUCGGCACCCAGUGCCUGUCGUUCUGGUAUCACAUGUACGGCUCGGCGAUUGCCAUGGCUCUUAACGUCUACAAGUUAGAGGGCAAUCGAGCCACCAAAAUCUGGUCCAGGGUCAAUAACCAGGGGAACUCCUGGCACCAAGCUCAGAUAGAGAUUAACAUAUCAGGACCGUCCAAGAUUUUCUUUGAAGGCAUUGGGGGUUCAAACGCUCGGUCUGAUGUGGCAUUGGAUGAUAUUACAGUAACAUUCGGAGGUUGUGGAGACACCAGUUCAACUGAAGAACCUGAAUUAGUUACGUCAUUCGUUGAAAACCUGACACAAGAUCUGCCCAGCACACAGACCGCACAUCCUCCCACCUUACACCCCACCACUCUUCCUCAGCCAGUGGUCUCCAACAGCUACCACCCAGUGUGCAGAAUCGACUGCAAUUUUGACAACAACCUCUGCAACUGGAAUCAGUUACUGACUGAUGUUUUUGAUUGGACGAGACACAGCGGCUCCACCCCUACGCCACAAACUGGACCCUCUUUUGACCACACAACAGGAAGUGGUCACUACAUUUACAUCGAGGGUGACAGCGCCACUCAUGGUGAUACAGCACGUCUCCUCAGUGAUGAAUGCUCGGACCAGCAGCCGCAGUGCCUGCAGUUCUGGUACCACAUGUACGGCUCCAGCUGGACCAUGGGCCUGAGCGUCUACCUGCUGUAUGGAAACCAGGCUCAAGAGAUCUUCAGAAUGAGAGAAAACCAAGGGGACACCUGGCACCAAGCUCUAGUGGACAUCACACCCCAGAACAACUUCAAUAUCCUCUUUGAAGGACGCAGAGGUGCCAGUGCCUUUUCUGACGUGGCCGUGGAUGAUGUCUCUCUACACAGAGGAACUUGUGCAGAUUUAAUAAACCAAGUAGCUGGUUCUCCUAAACCUGAAAGGCCAACUGUGUACACCACAUCCAUCAGCAGAACAACAGCAUCACACCCUGAACCACAACCUACAGCAGAACUGGACACUCCCAUCACCCCAGCUCCCUCUGCUGGAAAUCUGCACAGCACUCGGACAGCACCUCCUCCCAGCAUACACCCUACUACCAGUCUUUCUCAGCCAGGAGACUCCAACAAUUUACAUCCAGUGUGCAAAAUCGACUGCAAUUUUGACAACAACCUCUGCAAAUGGAAUCAGUUGGUCACUGAUGUUUUUGAUUGGACGAGACACAGUGGCUCCACCCCUACGCCAAGAACUGGACCCUCCUUUGACCACACAACAGGAAGUGGUCACUACAUUUACAUUGAGGGUGACAGCGCCACUCAUGGUGAUACAGCACGUCUCCUCAGUGAAGAAUGCUCGGACCAGCAGCCGCAGUGCCUGCAGUUCUGGUACCACAUGUACGGUUCCAGCUGGACCAUGGGCCUGAGCGUCUACCUGCUGCAUGGAAACCAGGCUCGGGAGAUCUGGAGAAUUAGAGAAAACCAAGGGGACACCUGGCAUCAAGCCCUAGUGGACAUCACACCCCAGGGCAACUUUAAGAUCAUCUUUGAAGGACGCCGAGGUGCAAGUGCUUUGUCUGACGUGGCCGUGGAUGACGUCUCUCUACACAGAGGAACUUGUGGAGACUUAACAAACCAUGUGACUACUGUGCCUACACCUGGAAACUCAACACCAGACAUCACAACCACAACCACAACUACAGCUCCACGGCCCACUGAGCCUGAGCCUGUCCCCACUACAGCUGAGCCUGAGGAGUUUACACCAGACUUUACAACUACAACUACAACUCCAACUACAACUCCACGGCCAACUGAGCCUGAGCCUGGCCCCACUACAGCUGAGCCUGAGCCUGUCCCCACUACAGCUAUGCCUGAGGAGUCAACACCAGACUUUACAACUACAACUCCAAUUACAACUACAACUACACAGCCCACAACCACCAUAUUUGAAUGUGACACUUUACCUGGCCCUGCCCACACUACACCCAAGCCUGUCUCAACUACAACAGAGACAUUUACAGGUGGACCUGACCAAACUACAGCAGUGGCUGUCCAAACUACAGCUGCGCCUGCCCAAACUACAGCUGCGCCUCUCGAAACUACACCUGCGCCUGUCCAAACUACAGCUGCGCCUGCCCAAACUACAGCUGCGCCUCUCGAAACUACACCUGCACCUGUUCAAACUACACCUGCACCUGUCCAAACUACACCUGCGCCUGUCGAAACUACACCUGCACCUGUCCAAACUACACCUGCACCUGUCCAAACUACAGCAGCACCUGUCCAAACUACACCUGCACCUGUCCAAACUACAGCAGCACCUGUCCAAACUACACCUGCGCCUGUCCAAACUACACCUGCACCUGUCCAAACUACACCUGUGCCUGUCCAAACUACACCUGCGCCUGUCCAAACUACAGCAGCACCUGUCCCAACUACACCUGCGCCUGUCGAAACGACACCUGCGCCUACUACAACCACAGCCAGAACAACUCAAAUUCCACCCACUUGCCCAACAAACAGCCAUUAUACCAACUGUGUGCCAACCUGCCAGCCAACCUGCCAACAACUGCACGGACCUCCAAACUGCCAGGAAGACGGGGCAUGUGUGCAGGGCUGUGUGUGUGAUAAUGGAUUUAUCCUCAAACAGGGUGCCUGUGUGCCCAUCCAGCAGUGUGGAUGCCAAGAUGCCAAUGGCAACAACCAUUAUUUUGGUGAGACGUGGUACAGUGCUCACUGCACUCAGAAGUGUAGCUGUAAAAGGAAAAAUGGUCAAGGGGAGCUGAAGUGCAAGAAUGAGGAGUGCAGUGGAGAUGAGGUGUGCCUGAUGAGUGAGCAGGGAGAAUACACCUGCAAGCCUGCAGAUUUCAGUGAGUGCUCUAUUGAUGACGAUCCUGAAUACAAAACCUUUGACCGGCUGAAGCACAAGUUUAAAGGCAGGCACUCGUACGUCCUCGUCCAGACCUCUAACCUGCCCACAAAUAUCCAAGACGUCUACAUAGUGGGCAUUAACCAGAAAAGCAGAGAACAGGAAAGCUUGGAUGUGGAGCAUGAUGGUGAAGAGUUGGAUGACACAGAAAGGGGCAGGGAUAGCAGUGAAGAGGAUGACAGCAGCGAAGAAGAUGACGAUGAAGGCCGUCUCCGUGCUCUCAGAAUCCGAGUGUACAACGUCACAGUGGAGUUCAGAAAGGGCAGGAAAGUCAUGGUAAAUGAAAUGCAAGUCAGUGCUCCUGUCUUCCCCACCACGGGACUAAAGAUUCAGGAACGAUCUUCACGUCUUUACCUCAAGACUGACUUUGGCCUCUCUGUAGAGUUCAAUGGCAAAGGAAAAGCAGAAAUUUUGCUGCCUGACACAUAUAAGAGGAAGGUUGGAGGACUCUGUGGAAACUUUGAUGGCAACAAGAGGAACGACAUGAUGAAACCAAAUGGAGAACAGGCGAAGAACGUAAACGAGUUUGGAGAAAGCUGGAGAGUUGUGGAGGACAGACUCCUGCCUGCAGUCAGACGGAGGAGAUCUUCAAUACUGUACAAACUGGCAGGUUUACUCCAGUGAGAGGAAAAUGAAGAACUCUGUUAUUAUGCACUAAACAGUCCAUUGAAAUGCGGAUUUGGAUUGUAAAGGCUUUAUAUAUACUGUACAAUUGUUUAGAAAUAGGUGUUUGUGACCUGUUCUAUUUAUAUAUGUAACUAUGUUGUGUUUCUUGUAGGAAAUGUUUAAACUAAAUAGGAUUUAUUAUAAAAUGUGUGUGUUUGAAGUCUGAAGUUGAUUUGGAUUUUGAACUAAAAUGAAAAGAAUAAAAUGAAAUGAAUAUUUUAUUAAAAGAUCCAUAUCCUA